CUUCAGAUUUUGAUGCGCUAUGCCAACAUCUACGCGGCCACUUGCCUGGCCCUGUUCUCCCGCGGACCCGCUUUUUUCGGGGGCGCUCUGGGGCUCAUGGCGGAGCUCACGCCGCCCGAGUGGAUGCAGGCCCUGUCGGAGACGAAAAGGGGGGCGGAGGAGGGCCCAGGCUCGGAUGGCAAGCCGCCGAAGCACGCCAAGGGCGGGGCCAAGGGCGACAAGCACGAGAAGGACCUCACCAAGGCCCUGGUGCUCCUCCUCACCAAGCUGCGCCUCACCUCGGCGCGGGGGCUCGCCAACUUAGCGGGCGCAGUCUACCGGGCGUGGGGGCUCCUCGAGUCAGGCGACGGGAUCACGCAGAUUAUGAUCGACUCGGGGGUCACGUACGACGAGAUGUCCAGGCAGAUGAAAGAACGUCAGCGGGCAGGCGAAAAGGUAGACUUUCGCGCUCGUGGGCCCCCGCGCGUGCAGCUGAUGGCCGCGGUCUGCCUUAACCUCGCGACCAACGUGGAGAAGUUCAUCCAGGGAGGCGAAGAGGACUACGUGGAGGCGGAGACCAAGACGUUCCACGGGUACUUCGCGAAGUACAUCCAGGGCGCCGCCCCACACGCAGUGGGCAACCACGUGCUGCACUUUCGGUGCAGUAAGCACAAGGGGGGGAAGACCAUCGAGACGAGUGGCUCAUCGAGCCAGCAGCAGCAGACGAAGAAAGGACGCGUGACCUUCGCCUUCAGCUACAACGAGCCUGGCAUGAUGGCGAGGGAGCUGGUUCUCUGGUGGCUCAACUACGAUGAGGACCAGAAGAGGGCGGAGCAGCUGAUAGGCCCAGCCCCGAAAGGACUUCUCGAGCGAGAAGCCGCGAGGAUCCUGAAUAUUAUCGAGAAGAAAUGA